AGCCGCAACAGCAACGACAAUAACAGCCUCUCGCACGCAGUGUACUGACCCCAACCAGCGGCGGCGCUAAGCGAGCAGAUGAGCUCAACACUGUUUGUGUUGACUUUGACUGACUGACUGCAGGAGCUACGGUGCGGUCAGCAAUAACAAAUGCUAGUGGGUGGCUGGCAUUGGUGUUGGUGUUAUGCGGCUGACGGCGCUGCCGGCGUCAUCACAAGCAGCGCACAAGCCGAAACACGGAUGGUAGGCGAUGGAAAAAAGGCGCGCGCACAUUUCGCAGUGAAGCGUUGACCGGAACACAUCGCGACGGGACGAGUAAGCGUUCAAACGCAACAGUAGUAAGCAUGAAAAGUGUAAAAGCGAAAACUCGACGUUAACGUUAAAGUCACAAAAAAGCGGACAAGCGACAGUCGCCGACGAGCAAUUGACAACAGCACAAGCUGUAAGGCAGCAACAAAUGCAACUGGUGUGUGUUCGAAAAGGAAAAAAAAAAAAUAAAAUAAAUGUAAAUGCGUGCGGAAGAAGUUAUUAAUAAGAAGUGUUAAAUUGAAAAAUUAAAAAAAAAUUAAAUUUAAAAAAUAAAAUAAAAUAAAAAAAAUGUGAAUUUUUUUUCAAAAAAAAUUUUAAAAAUUAAAAAUUUACAUUACAAUAAUUUGUGAAUGCUCGAACUGCAUUAAUAAUCAUUAAAAAUACACUUCUGUUAUUUCAUUUGACGCGCGCUAAAGCCAGUGUGUGGCGAAAAUGUGGCGCCGGCCACCUGUGCGUAUGAGUAUUCUUCAAGCAAGUGCCAGUGCAUUACAACAACAACACACCGCAGCCGCAGCAACAAUUAGUGCUCGAAAGUGUUAAACAAAUUAGUGUAUACAAUUAAUUACUUUAAAUUGCACGAAAAACCAAAUAAUUUCCAAAAAUAACAAAAACAACAACAACAGUUUGUACUGUCAGUGUCAAGGUUGCAUUAUAAGGCAGCGCCACGGGCGCAUGGAUGGACGGACGGACGCACGGACGGGCGUUGCUUGUCAGUGAGACACUUAAAAACACACAGCAACGACAACAAUAACAACAACAACACAACACGUCCGCCAUUGUCGCCGCGUAUACAAUUGUCGACGCUAAUUAAUCACAGCUGCUGAAUGGUUAGUGGCACAUAAAAUGAAUUAACAGAUCAAUUAAAAUGCAUCACAUGUCAGCACGCUUGCAACUGUAAAUCUCCGAAAAACUCCUCACACCUACAAUAUGGCUUCAGUGCAAAAUGGCAAUCAACGAAUGUCAAUAAAAGUGAAAAAUAGAAAAAAGUGUAAAAGUAACAACCGUGGUAUUACACAUUCCGCACGAAUGUGGAGAUGCGAUCAAAUGCAAGUGAAAAAACUGCAAAUAAAAAGUGAGAAAAAUGCAUAUAUGAGAUAUGACAACAUUUUAUUUCUGAGUGUUAAACCGACAACAAAAAAUUCUAUAGUAACAACAACAAAUACAACAACGAACUUAGAUGCUACGCUUAGACAGUGCAGACGCCAUUUUAAGAGUUGAAUGAAAGACAAAAAGACGUGUUAAUGCAUGAAAAAUCACAAGCGGUGAAGUGAGGAAAAGUAAACAAAAACAAAAAAUAAAAAAUAAAAAGGAAAACAAAAACAAAAAAGUGUUGAAAAGUAUACUAACGAGCGACGCGCAAGUUUUUAAUAAUUAAGCGAAAGAUUGUGUGUGUGUAAUAACUCUUCGUGAGAAAUAUCCUUACAGUAAACAAAGCAACAGCACACAUACACGCAGACAUUCAAAGACUAGUAUGUAAAUAAGUACACAGCGAUAACGCGGUGACCGUUUCUCUUCGUAGUGGCGUGCCAACUGAAAUUCUUGUACAAAUUAAUUGCGAACCCACGCGCUUCCUUUUCGUACGCUUCAGUGAAUCGUAUAAUUGCUUUAAGUUGAACAGAAAAAAAACGGCGCCAACAGGUGACCAACACGAGUGAACAAUUAGACGCUAACGUGCUAAAGCGCAGUUUACCAAAUAGUAAUUAACAACAAAACCAAAAAAAAAUAAAUAAAUAAAAAUAAAAAUCAAAUUAAAAAAAUAAUAAUUACAACAUAAACAAAAAAAAUUCCAACAACCAACAAAAGUAUUUUCGCAGUCCCGCGCCAACAUUCCACACAACAACAACACUCAACCGCCAACAUGUCCGAGUUCCGUUACGACUCAAUCGACGAUUUUCAAUAUCCCACCAAUGAUUCGCAUCUCUUGUCCAUAACGCUCUCGACGAAGAGCACACCUGCCGACAACAAUGAGAUGUCCGAUGAUUUGAAUGUACCGUAUAUGGUUUUCGAGAUUUUGGUCGCCAUUUUUGCCGUAGUCGGCAAUUUCAUGGUUAUUGUUGUUUUCCGACGUGACCGUAAGCUGCGACGACGCACCAAUUAUUAUAUAGUUUCAUUGGCGAUGGCAGAUUUCCUCGUUGGCUCGUUGGGUGUACCAUUUGCCAUAUUGGCUUCAAUUGGUUUGCCAAGAGAUCUGUAUACUUGCCUCUUUACCGUCUCACUGUUGGUCGUCUUGUGCACGAUUUCGAUAUUCUGCUUGGUCGCAGUAUCGGUGGAUCGUUAUUGGGCCAUACUCUAUCCGAUGGCAUAUUCGAGGAAUGUACGCACAAGGACUGCUAUAAUCAUCAUCUCGUUGUGUUGGGUCGCAGGCACAAUUGUGGGCUUCCUGCCGUUAUUUGGUUGGCAUGUAAAACCCGAAAACGAAGCGGACAUGACCUGUCAUUUUGUGAAAGUAAUGGACUACAAUUAUUUGGUGUUCCUAUACUUUGCGACCAUAAUUACGCCGGCGCUGCUAAUGUUGGCCUUCUACACACACAUCUAUCGCGUCAUUGUCAAGCAGGUACGCCAAAUUGUCACGAUGAAUCCGAUGAGCGACAGCAGUCGUCGCAAUUCGAAUGCACAAAUGCAGCCGGGACGCAACUGUCAUGGCGGUACAAUGUUGCGUGUUUUAGGUGCAUCACGCAAACGUGAUGUGAAGGCCACACAGAAUCUCUCCAUCAUUGUGUUGUUCUUCAUGAUCUGUUGGUUUCCGCUGUACACCAUCAAUUGCAUUAAGGCAUUCUGCCCCGACUGCCAGGUGCCCGGCAAACUGACACUCUUCUGCAUUAUACUCUCACAUCUGAACUCGGCCGGCAAUCCGGUAUUGUAUGCAUACCAUCUGAAGGAUUUCCGUUUGGCGCUGAAGAAUUUGUUGUUGAAGAUAAUGGGUAUUGAGGUGGAGCAGCCGGUAGAUCCCAUGCAUCGCUUCUCGCUGGCUAGCCAACAUCGUUUACAUUCCAUAGACGCGAGCAUGCGGCACUCACUGCAGCCACGCAUUUAUAUAGAUUCCCCCAUUUGGCUGCGCCAGCAACAGCAGACACUCAAGAGCUCGCAGCUGGUGCCAAAAUGCGGCGUGAUCACACCCUGUUUGAACAACAUACACCAAACAGUGGCCGCUGUUGCUUCGGUGCCCACUGAUAUCGGACGCGAUAUGUGGAACAUAAUGGAGGCUUCAAGCGGCGCCGAGCUAGAAGAUGUUAAUUACGAAUUCCCAUUAGACCGAAGCUCGAAUACACCGCCAACACCCGUUUCACAGCAGGAGCGACGUGACUCAUCACUCGAGCUUUGUAAUACGCCCGACUACUCAUAUAACAAUUGCAAUUAUGAAGUCAGUCCGGACGAGUCCGAACUGGAUGAAGUCUUCCUACCGAAUAUGCGCAACAGCAGCGGCAGUAAUAGCGUGGACAGUGUGCGGCCGAAUGGACAUUUGAGUAAUGCGCAACGCAGCGAAAUGAUAGCUGGCGCUAUGCGCGAGAAACUACGCUCCGACGACACGGAUUACCAGAGUCAAGUGUUGAGUAAUCAGCGCGCACUCACCGACUCCUCCUACAGUGAUUACGAUGUACAAAAGCAAAGCGCUGGUCAUACACCGCCCGCCAAAGGUAGAUUGUUGACGACGUUACGGCAGCAACGGCUGCCACAACUGGAGCUCGUCGGUGAACAUGGUAAUCGUGGUAAAGCAGCCGCUGCUAACAAUGGCGAUGCUGUUGAACACAGCGGUAUUGGUUUGUGUUCGCGUUCCACAUCCAGUCAAUCGGGACUCAGUAAUUCCGGCGUUUAUGUCAUUGAAAACGACACAAGUCCAUUGUCACCGCGACGAAAGCGUAAAUUCAAAAAAGCGCAACGUCUGACCAAGAACUUCAAUAAGACAGCUGUAGUGGUGAAAAAUACAAAUAGCCGCCAAGCGAUUUCCUGCACCAGCGAGUCAUCGUCAGCCACGCCCUCCACAGAGUUAGUGAAUGGCGGCCAAACAACAGACGCACCCACAAAUCUACAGACUAACAGCACGAGUAAUGGCAGCAUUGCGCAACAACAAGCUGCUGAUGCUGGCAGUUCGCCGUUGCACAACAAUAACAGCAAUAACAAUUAUAAUAGAACUAAUAACACGCAUCACAAAUUAAAUUGUCAUGUCGCCGAGCGACAUCAACAGCAGCCACAUACGAUACAUGGACAUCAACAGCAUGACAUGUUCGGACCGUUGCGCGCUGUUGGUCACCUCCUAUUCCCGCCACUUGCAAAACAUUCCAGCCUCUUUCACUUAUUCCAACCGAGCGUGUCCAGUGGGGACCCAGCAAAGGUGCACAAUGCGGCUGCAACGUCAGCGCCAACAACAAAAGCGUCCGCUGAUGCCGUUCAAACAACAACAACGAGUGCAGCAACGGUACCAAACACGACUGCAACCACAGCCACCACUACUACUGCUGCAAGACACAGCGAGCGCGAGUCUUCACAAAUGCAAAUCGCAUCGCGUGUCGCUUCGGUUGAUGAGUCGAUACUGACAACAGUCACCGAUUUAACCGAUCCAACGCCAACGCCACAGUCAAAAGCGCAGCCACCGCCACCAACAAUAGACACACGUUUAGGUUAGGUAUGGAGAGGAGAGGAGGAGGACUGACUGAUUUGGGGGCCACUACUGCCUAGCCACUAGCGCUGGUAUACGUUUUCCAUAUUUUCUACUUUAUUUGUGUUUGUAGUUGUAGUUGUAAUUGUAGUUGUAUUUGUAUGAUUUUAUCAAUAAGUAAUUAUUAAUUAAUUAAUUAAUGUUGCUGUAUGUGCAUAUAAUGUAUGUAUGUAUCUAUGACUAAUUAUAUAAUUAAAUUAAUAGUUAUAAAUAAAUACUCAUUCUAAGUGUACUAGCAUUUUAUCUAGGUCUUAAUUAUUUAAUUAUUAUAUAUAACUAUGUAAUUAUUUACCUAUAUAUUAUACAUAUAAACCAAUAUAUUUGUAUGCAUGUAUUUAGUUCGAGUUUGAUAAGCAUUUAGCAUAGCGCAAAUGAUAAAAAAUAUGAAAAAUAAAAUAAAAGCUUCUGCGUGGCGUUAAGUUUAAUUUAUGCCACUUGUAUGUGUGUGUGGAUGACAUUGAAUACAUAUAGAUAACAGAAAUGCGAAUGCCGCCCAAUUAAAAAUAGCACUUGAAUGUAGCUCAGCAAAUGUUGGUAACAUAUCGACCAAAGAUAAUGAAUGAAGCAAGGUUAUGCAGAAUAUGGAGUUCAAUUUUAAAAUCCCAUAACUGUCAAUUUGUUAAAUAAUAAAAAUAUAUACUUUUUGAAAACUUAAUAGAAUUG